CCAUGGAUGUUGCUCUUGUUCCUCCUCUGAUGGUUUCCACAGGCUUUUUGCCAACAGGGUCUUUGUUACAAUCAUUGAUUCACACAUGCAAUGAGGUGUGCUCCAUGGAAAAGCUUCCAGUUCUGCAGGCUAGGAACAUCUCAACCAUGAUCAGGAGGAUCAAGCUUCUUACUUCUUUGUUCGAAGAGAUUCAAGAAUCAAAUGGCCCGCUUCCCCCGUCAUCGAUCCUGUGCCUCACCGAGCUUUUCUCCGUGAUUCGAAGAGCUAAGUUUCUGAUCCAAGAUUGCAAAGAUGGCAGCUUUUUGUGGGGGCUUAUGCAGACAGAGUUAGUUUCAAAUCAGUUCUAUGUGCUAGUGAAGGAGCUGGGGAGGGCACUUGAUAUUUUACCUCUGAGUUUGCUUAAGGUUACAGCAGAUGUCAGAGAGCAAAUUGAGCUUCUUCACAGGCAAGCAAAAAGGGUGGAGUUGUUCAUUGACCUUAAAGAGCUGGAAAGAAGAGAAGAGCUUCUAGUUUUGAUGGGCAGCAACAGUGAGAAGAACAAGAAGAACAAAGGGUUCAUAGACUCGGUGAAAGUGAAAGAUAUACUUUGCAGCAUUGGUCUGAGAAACACCAUGGAUUAUGAGGAAGAAACUUUAAAGCUAGAGGCAGAAGCUCACAAGCAAGCAGGGAGUGGUGGACUAAUUGUGGUAUCAAACAUAAACAACCUUACAUCUCUUGUUUCAUACUGCAAAUCCAUCAUUUUUAUUGACGACGAAUUUGAAAAACCCAGCAAAGAGGACUUAAAAGUGCAAUCUACACCCUCAAAUAGAUAUUAUGAUCAUUCUUCAUCUUCUCAAUCCUUGAUCCCCAAUGUCCCAGACGAAUUCCGCUGCCCUAUUUCAUUAGACUUGAUGAAAGAUCCUGUUAUUGUAGCAUCCGGCCACACUUAUGAUAGAAAUUCGAUUGCCCAAUGGAUCAAUUCAGGGCACCAAACAUGCCCCAAAAGUGGUCAGAAGCUAAUUCACAUGGCACUUAUACCCAACUACGCACUCAAGAGUCUAAUGCAACAAUGGUGCGAGGAGAACAACGUUCCCCAAGUUCAAUCCUCACCAUCGUCUUCCUCAGAUUUGGAGAGGAGCAACAGCAAAAGAGACUUGUAUGAGCAUGCUGUUGAUCAUAUUUCUGUUGUGAAAGCUGCCGUUGAUGCUGUCAAAUUGACAGCUGAGUUUCUGGUGGGAAAACUAGCAACUGGCUCACCAGAUAUCCAAAAGCAAGCAGCAUAUGAGCUACGAUUACUUGCCAAAACAGGCAUGGACAAUAGAAGGAUAAUAGCUGAGGCAGGAGCUAUUCCAUUUCUAGUGACAUUGCUGAGAUCCCACGAACCAAGAAUUCAGGAAAAUGCUGUCACUGCGCUACUUAACCUUUCCAUCUACAACAACAACAAGAUUCUGAUCAUGGCGGCCGGAGCAAUUGACAGCAUAGUAAACGUCUUAGAAUCAGGGAACACCAUGGAAGCAAGAGAGAAUGCAGCAGCAGCAAUUUUCAGCUUGUCAAUGAUAGAUGACUGCAAGGUAACCAUUGGGAAGCGCCCUAGAGCCAUUCCGGCAUUGGUGGGGCUUUUGAAAGAAGGCACUCCAGCUGGUAAAAAGGAUGCUGCCAUAGCACUCUUUAACCUUGCAGUUUACAAUGCUAACAAGGUGAGUGUUGUAUUUGCUGGGGCGGUUCCUCUGCUUAUUGAGCUGCUGAUGGAUGACAAGGCAGGCAUUACAGAUGAUGCCUUGGCUGUGCUGGCUCUACUUUUGGGUUGCUCUGAAGGGCUGGAGGAGAUUGGGAAGAGUAGGAUUUUAGUGCCUAUUCUUAUUGAUCUUUUAAGAUUUGGUUCUCCGAAAGGGAAGGAGAAUUCGAUAACUCUUCUGUUGGGGCUGUGCAAAGAUGGAGGAGAGGAGGUUGCGAGACGGCUGUUAAUGAACCCGCGUAGCAUUCCUUCUCUUCAGGGCUUGGCUGCUGAUGGAUCCUUGAAAGCUCGAAGAAAAGCCGAUGCACUGCUUAGAUUACUUAAUAGGUGCUGCUUUCAAUCUCAGAAUCAGAUUGGAUGACAGUGUCAAAGAGUGUUUGUUAGAUACAGAAGUGUAAAUUUGUGAAGAUUUAAGCACAUAAAUGAAAGUGGUGUUGA